CUGGCGUGCGCAGCCUGGCCGCGUGCAGAGGCAUUCCUGCUUGCUGGGCGCCUCCCUCCCUUUGCCGGCCAGGUGCUCACGGGACGAGGCCGGGGCCGAGCCGCCGUUACAUAAGCGGAGAGGGCGUGCCCGCUCCUGGACCUGCGGGCAACUUUGGCAGGGUGGCUCAGGUCGGCUGUCCCGGAGGGGCUCCUUCCGCCUCAGUGCCCAGGCGUUUCUGACGGGGAGACAAGAGCCGAGGCAGGCGGGCGGAUUAGCGCCCGAGGGGGCGAGACAGUGGCAGCCAGCCCCGCUCGUCUUUCGGAGCAUGGCAUCCGGGCAGCUUCAGGCGCCAGGAAAAGCAGCGGGCAAGCCGGGGCGCCGCAGCAAACGGACCGGUCGCGGCCACCGCCGCCGCCGCUGCUGCUGUUGACUCUGCGGAGCCGGCGGGAAGGAGCGAGGAUGGCAGCGGAAGGCAGCAACGCGGACUGGAUGGGCUCCCUGCCGCCCUCCCUCAGCGCCCUGCCGCUUUCCAAUCUGGCCAUCCCAGGAUCACAUGACUCCUUUAGCUACUGGGUUGAUGAGAAAUCUCCUGUGGGACCUGAUCAAGCUACAGCGAUCAAACGGUUAGCUAAAAUUUCACUGGUAAAGAAGAUAAUGAAGAAGUGGUCAGUGACACAAAAUCUGACAUUUAAGGAACAGCUCGAUGGUGGAAUCCGUUACUUUGACCUCCGCGUAUCUUCCAAACCAGGUGAAGCAGGACAGGAAAUCUACUUCAUUCAUGGUUUGUUUGGAAUCAAAGUAUGGGAUGGGCUGAUGGAGAUUAACAGCUUCCUAACACAUCAUCCUACUGAAGUCAUCUUCCUUGAUUUCAACCAUUUCUAUGCUAUGGAUAAUGACCACCAUCUGUACCUGAUCAGCAGGAUCCAAGAAGUGUUUGAAUCAAAACUUUGUACAAAGGAAUGUGUAGAAAAUGUGACAUUGCAAAGCCUCUGGGACAAGCAACAGCAGGUCCUUAUUUUCUAUCAUCAUCCACUUUACGAAGAAUACCCUUAUCUAUGGCCAGGGACUAAAAUGCCAGCACCAUGGGCAAACACAACCAAUGUACACAAACUGUUGCAAUUCUUAGAGACCACCCUUGGGGAACGAGCAAAAUAUGGAACUUUCCACGUUUCUCAAGCUAUCCUCACACCAAGGGUCAAAACAAUUGCACGGCACCUCAUUCGUGGAUUGAAAAACACACUUGUUCACAGGAACCUUCCCUUGAUUCUGAACUGGGUGAAGUCACAGAAACCCGGGGUCAUGGGCGUGAACAUAAUUACAUCAGACUUUGUGGAGCUGGUGGACUUUGCAGCUACUGUAAUUGCAUUAAAUGACCUCCUUUUAGAAGACAACAAGUCCUGACACUUUCAACUUGCCACCCGACUAACAUUUACGUACUUUGCUUUGUUUUGAUGUAGAAGCAUUGACCAGACAUAUCAAUAACUUGGCUUCAGGCCUUCAGUCAUCACCUAUCAAUUCUGCUGUUUUGUAUAAGAUGAAGGCCCAAAAAACACGUAUGCUAGUUUGACUUGGCAUCGGUCUUCAUUGUGUUAUACAGCAUGACUAUGUUUCAUCACCAUGCUGCAGAAAUGACUGUUCCAUCUACAUCUGCUGAAACGCAGGAUGUCAGGCUGGCCAGCCAGAUUGGGGGCUGGAUGCUUCAGCACAUGCAAAUAAUUAGCAGAUGCCUCUCAAUGGACUUGCUGAGUGUAUACUUUCUACAUGUUGUGACAUCCAGGACUCCAGUUCCAACGAUAAUUGUUGAUUUGUAAGCACGUAUUUAUCAGACCAGCCAAAAGAUCUCCUCUGGCAACAUCAGUCACACAUGUGUGCUGUUCUUUCCUUUUGUACAAUAUUGUACAUUACUUUACUUGGACUGUGUUGUAUAUUAAUCUGCCUCUGUCACUUUUUAAAGAAACGGCACCCCUGUUGUUCAUUAGGACCUCUUGUGAAUAUGGUGCUGUAUGGAAAUUUUCAGAGUUCACUGUGAGAUAGAGAUUAUAUCUUUCAGCCUCCUUUUAUUAAAAAAACUUGAACUCACAUUUUAAUUUGUUAUGAGAGUUAGUAUUUAAAUCUACUGGAACAAAAAGAUGCGUGUUUUUAAAUACAGUUGUAUUUAUUUUUGUUAAGUUUUGGGAGCCACUUCUGAGAAGUUGGAGGCCGAUGUCAACAUCACACUGAACCAAUUCUGAUACAGUGAUUUCAUCAAUAUUGGAACAUCCACACAUGAAUGUGAGUGAAAACUGGCAUACCAAAAUGCAACAUAUUUGUGGAUUUGCAGGGAAAAAUUAAUUGAGCAAUUCCAAAAUUGCGUAACAGGGCACACUGGUGAAUGUUGGGGAGUGCCAAUUUGCAAUGGCAAAGCAUGGUUGAAUUUGUAUAUACUUUGAUCUGGAAAGAAGAAUCAUUGAACUCAUAGACGUGCAUAAGAUUGAACUUAAUAUUAAUGAAAUCAUGUGUCUCUGUGCAAUUUCAGUGUUCAGAAGUUGACUUCUACAACGGGUCUCGUUUGGAGGAGAGUAGAUUGCUAUAUGUUUUGCACCAUGCAGUUAUUAAUAAUGUAGUGAAUUUCCUGUGGUCUAAAGUUUCAUCAGUUCCAUCUUCACAUUAAUCAUAGCUGUC